AUGAGACCCAGCUCUGAUGAUGUCCAUCAUUUGAUGGACGAAAGGUUAGCCCGUUUUCACCCGAAACGAGGGAAGAGGUCUCGUGGACUGCGUCAACUUGAAAGUCGGCUGCAGUAUAACGGAAUUCAUCCGUCCUCUUCUGGUGAGAUCGACAUACGGAUCUCUUCUUCAUGCCUUGUAUCUCAGGAGAUUCAUCGAAACCCAGUUUCUCUUCGUAUCUACAAUAAAAUGCUACUUGAGUCUAGAAGCCUAACAAGCGUUCACACAUCACUGCCAUUGAAAAGUGUCCAAGGCCAAGAACAUGGCACCGACUGGGUCGGCAGGCCUGAGUUGUACUUGCAUGUUUCUUUUGUCUUCCAACUCUGUCCCCCUCGCUGGAUGGUAGGCCGAUUGUUGUCUCCGCCCCAGCGACCCUUGUCAACCCGACAGCCACCUCGUUUCCUCGGGUCUGGGAGACCGGCUCGAGGUACCGGGAUUCCAACGGGCCACAGUCACACCCUUCCCAGCCCCAUUACGAUUACUCAACUCAAUGAUCCAAGCGUCGUCUCGACAUGUUUGGAGUAA